GUUUCAGGCCAGGAAUUGUCGAGUACGGGGUCCCAAGAACAGAGUUCCAGAGGCCUCCGUAGCCAUUUUGGCUCAAGCCACUACGGCUCAGACCGUUUUGGCUCGGGCACCUCGUGCCCGAAUCCUGCAGCGUUCUCGUGGGGCAGGCACACCGCUGCUGCUAACCACCAGCGACCCGAAAACAUGAAGACCUCUGCCGCGGGUGUCGAGAACGCGAAGAAGCGCUGCAGACACGCUGGUCUCUGCGCAAGUUUUUUGCAAGGCCUGCGCGGCGUGGUGCACAGAGCGCUCGCAGUGCUGGUGGUCGUUCUAACUGUGAGCGUGGUCGUAGCCGCCAUCGCGGGCGGUGGCAAGGGGACCGUCAAGGAGUGCGAGCACAAGGUGGACGAUUUCGUGCGCAUGCGGCAUCUGAGCGCCGCGGAGUCGGCGGAAGCGCACCGCGGCUUCUUCGUCGUGCAGGUCGUGGCCCUUGCGGUCACCGCGCCGCCCGCGUUCAUCUUGCUCGCUUUCGCGGCCACGAGUCACAUGUGCAGAGUUGCAGAGUACGUGGCCUGUCUUUGGUUGGAAGUGAUGUCUUUCGCGGUAUACAGUUUGCUCCAAUGCAACGGUCUGAACGGGGAGAAAUUUGCCAUGUUCAGUGGCUUGUUGAUACCCCUGAACAUGGCACUAUUCUAUUCGCUGCUGCUGCGUCAGGUAAGGGCGUUGGAACGAAGUUCGUUUCUUGAUCUCGGCUCCCUGCGCCUUCGCCGAAUGAUAGUGACUAUGUCAAUCUUCGGCAUGUCCGCGUUCAUCUGCAGCAGGUUCGCGGGCGGACCUCCGGGCCAUCCGUCGCGUAUCAUAAUGGGCACUCUCAUUUGGCUUACAGAUUUGUCGUUCUUGAUGGGGGUGGCCGUAUUCUUGCGCGCGUUCUGGCGAGUGUUGGCGAUGACGCGCGAGACGCAGCGGCGAGGGGAGUCCUCCGAGAAGGUCAAGAGCGUCCCUCGGGUUCUGAUAUUUCAGAUGCUGGGAUCAUCUAUGGCGGUCGUGAGCUUCUUUGUCGCACUCAUGGUGAGAAUGUGGGCAUCGGAUCUGGCUUGGCCAAUACCCGGGCGUCCUGUGGACGAGAGGACGCCCGAGUUCUUGAUCGCGGUGCAGUGUGCAAGCUUGGUCGACACCACGUUGAACGCCUUUGCGGCCCUGGCCCUGAGUGGAGCCUGCUUCGGGGCACUCCGCGGAGGCUUGUCCACGAUCCGCUCGGCGCGUCAGCGCCAUCGCACUUGGAAGCAGUUCUCCUCGGAGUGGAACCCGCACCCCGAUACGGACUGGAACGCCAAAGUCGACGAGUUGGCCGGCAGGGGCUUCACGCUGCAGGCGCUGCUGGAGUUCUACUGUAGGCUGGGCAAGGACGUGAUGCCGUACUUCGACCCUUACAGGCACACCACGGAGGACGUGGUCCGAGGCGCCAUCAUUCCGCUUUCGGCAGAUAGCAAAACUUCUAUGGCGGAAAUCAUGAUGGACCACCGCCCUGUGCUGCCCGACAAGAUGGUGACUCACAACUGGGGAAACAUCUUUUCCGAUUUGGUUGCGGCUAUUGCGUCAGACGCUCUCUCCGAGGUGGAAUACUGCAAGGUGGCGGUCCUGCUCAUUAACGACAUCGACACCCUCAUGAGGUGGGUUGCACAGUCAAAAGUUGGAUCACGAACGUACUGGGUGUGCGCUUUCUCGGUGAAUCAGCACACCAGCAUCUGCGCUGCAAACCUAUGUUCAAGGAGGGACUCAGUGACGAACGAACACUACCCCCUCUGCACUUGCGGCCUACCAAAAGCGUUCAACACCACUCCGCCUCUUACGAGCAACGGGCAAUGCUCACGUCCCAGGCGACAGAGUUUGGCGUGUGAGAUGAACAAGUUCGAUCAACUGAUGAUGUCUCUGUCAGCUGGCAACGAUAAGUUCGCCCAGGUGGUUGCAGUUGACAAGAGCUUCGAGAUCUUCAACAGGGCUUGGUGCGUGGCCGAGAUUGCUGCCGCUGGCUCAACAGGCAUGUCCCAGUCACUGCAGCUGCCGUCCCUGACCCACCUGGAGAAGAAGCAGGGCGGACUCGUCGACCUGAAGAUCACCAGCGCGCAGGCCAGCAUGCCAGAGGACAAGGAGGCGAUCCUGGGCAGCAUCCCAGACCACGACGCCUUCGACCGCAGUCUUCGAGACUUGCUGCUCGGGCAGCUGCUCCCGUCUUGGUCGAGGCUCGACGCGUGCGACAAGAUGCUCCAGGCGGGGCGAAUCGCUCGCUGGCAGAGCGUCGCGCAGAAGCACUCCGCUGUUGCCUAGCGCUUCCGAGUUAAUGGUGGCGAUCUUAGCGAUGAAAGAGACUGCAUGUAUGACAGGUUGAGCACCGACAUCACCACCUGCACCACGCGCGUUCUACUUUUGUGCAGAACAGCGACGAGCCGAGUUUAGCUCACGCAUUCCGGGAGCUGUUUUUUUAUGACCGAAGUUGUCGAUCAUGGAAACCAAUCAUGCCAAGUAUCUGAACAAUUGAUUUCCGUCGCCCUCCCCCUUGCCUCCCCCUCCUUCCCUCCCCCAGCAUGGGGGCCCGUUCGGGUCGGCUCGGCAGCGGGCCGGCUCGGUUGUAAAGGGAGGAAUCUUCGUUUUACCUCCACGCGUACCAAUCACGACAGUUAAUAUUGCAUCACCUGUUUUAUAAGUUCGCCGUCGCCGCUUUGAUGCCGUCCGACCGGACCUUUCCUGGCUUUGCUUGCUGCGACGCGCGUCAACAUCACACACACCGUCUCGGCCGACGCUGCAACAAUGCCGCGCGGAGUCUCUUGCGGAGUGUGCCUCUGUGCCUCGGGGUGGCGUACCUGGGUCUCGUCACCUGCGAGUACCAGUUACAGGUGCCCUGUAUCUAUGCGCACAUCGCUUCCGCACGCUCGACGGGAAGAUUGUGAAACCAAUCUAGGAAAGUAUUCCGCCUCGAUGUGCACAUUCACUGGUAUCGAUCCCGUGCCGGCUUUUGAUCCCCGCGUUUUUUUUUAAUGGUGUCUCACCUCGAGGCCUACGUGUCAAACAGCGUCUUCUCAACGUCUGACCUCGAGGUCGAAGUGACAGUCAGCGAGCUACCCAUUGUGAGCCCUGUAUAGAUAUUCCUUGCCUUCGAUGCUGUGGAGCGCGCUUCGUCGGAGGCGAGGCCCGACGUUGCCCCAUCAGUCGGAUUACUGCUGCUGUACUUCGCCUUGCACGUGUCAAGGAACAAAACAA